AUGAGUUGUGGAAGUUGUGAACAUGAUAGCGUUUGUGCAGUUAUAGACUACGAUGGAAGUCUCGUCAGUAAUAAGAUCAAUCGAUAUGAAAAUGAUAGUAUCUCAAUCAGUGCGAAGAGCUCAGAUCCAUCAUACGACCGAACAUUUCAAAGGGGUACGAUUAAUUAUAUGAGUUGGCGUCACAUUGGACUGCUUGUUUCAACCUUAUCUGCUGGUGGAUUAAAUACGUGUCUUAAACGAGCUCUACUUCCUCUUCUUGAGGCAGAACUCAAAAUGGAGAGAUACCAAGUAGAUGCAGCAAAUGUACUAUUACUCUUACCGUGGUCGUACACUUUCGUUGGAGGAUUUAUAUCAGACACUUUGCCAAUAUUGGGAUCUCGACGUAAAGCGUACAUUGUUCUUGGAUGGAUUGUUUCACUUAUUUCAUGCUUUGCUAUCGCUAUUCUCAACUAUACUCUCGAAUUUAAAGCCCAAUCAAGUCAUGUGGCUACAGAAGAAGCAUUGCGACAGCGUGUAGCUCUCAUCGACUGGUAUGUUGCACUUCUUGUGCUUGCAAGUUUCGGAUGUAUCCUCACAUUAGUCAUUUCUGAGACGUACGUCGUUGCACAAACACGUCGAGAACCGUUAAAAAUGCGAGGUAGAGCACUUGGGACGUUACUCUUGACUCAAUUUACAGGCGAAUUGGUUGGACAAAUUGUAUCAGAUACGGCCAUUUUUCAUAUUUCGGAAUUGGGUAUCAUUCCACUGGUAUCAUUUCGUGAAACAGCAAUGUUUUUUAUGUUUUACUCACUUCUUCCAAUCUUGGCGCUACUUUUCUUGUUCCAUGAAGAAAUGAAUCCUCCUGCAAUUCAUGAUGUUGAUGCUGAUGACACGCAGUCGCAUAUUGUGGAACAAAUCGGCAAUUUACCAGUCGAUUGGCUUCCUAGGUUACGUGCGAAUUGGCUUCGGUUACGUAAAGCCUUAGCACGAAAGUCUACAGUUUACGUCAUUCGCUUCUUCAUGAUUUAUGUCUUUUUGUCCGAGUUUACACUCACGUAUCCCCACGCUCAACUUGCAAUCUGGUGCAACUUUACCGACAAAGCUCAAUCUUCAAGCAACAUUUCAUCCGAAGUCUUUUAUGUGCUAUCAGUUGCUACUUGGAAGUAUGGUGCACUUAAUUGGAAUUGGCGUUAUUGUGUCAUUAUUAGUUUAAUUGUCAUGAUGAUGGUUCCACAACUUAUUUUCUAUAUUAUGGCUUCAAUCUCAAUCAAUUUACGAAGUCAAGAGACUUAUUCUUUCAUCACGGCUUUAAGAGGAUUCGUGCGUGCUAGUAUUAUUAUUCUUGAAGCUGCUGUCUGUGCGGAAAUUGCGCCGGUGGAUGGAGAAGGUGCUUUCGUUGGAAUUAUUGUCUCGAUGAGCACAAUCAUGCGAUUAUUGUCCACAACUUUUUCGAAUUGUUUAGGUUAUGCAUUUGGAAAACCAAGCUCUCAAGAUACAGAAGAGGAUGCAGAUGAAGUUACGUUUAGUCUUGGAAUCUGCUACAUGAUUAAACUCUUAAGUGUUUUGGCGCUCUAUUUCCUACCAAAACAGAAGCGAGAUCUUCAGCGACUUCAUCGAUAUGGUGCUCAAGGCGACACGAAUACUACGUGGUGGGUUUUAGGCUCACUUGGUUGUGCUUUUAUGAUUAGUGCUGCAUUUAACGUGCUAGCUGUCGUCCCAAGCACGUCGUGUUUACAAAUUGUUGGUGGGGCUGGCUGCAAUGGCUCAAGAUAG